GAAAGUAAAUGCUUGCAUGGCGGUUUUAGGAAACUGGAAUGAUUGUCCCGAGGACGAGAUUAUACAUUAUGUUUUGGACUUUUGGCGGUCUUAUCCUAGCACUUUUAUGCUUAGGUGUAAGUGGCUCACAGUCUCUUUAUGAUGUUCAGUGGCUUCCUUGUCCGUUUGUGGAUGAGAAAGUUCAUGUAAAUGAAGAAGGCCACACAGAAACCAAGUAUAUCAACAGAGAGGCUGUGCUUCAAUUUGGUAAUGUCGGCGACAAGCCUUUACACCCUACCAUUACCUUCCUCGUCACAGCCUCUAAAGUGGAUAUGAGGCGUUAUUUGGAGGGAAGUGAGGAUACACUACACUGUGAGAUCCGUAGAUACAGCACUGGAGGGAUUGUAAUGCGCUGGCCCACUGCAGGAGCGCAAGAUCAUGACGUCUGGUUCACCUGUACAAUACGCCAUACACAAGGCUUGUUUGUCAUUACCACCUUCCUCAGACACACAACUGCGACUCCUGCCCAAGGACAGGUGGACUUCCUGCAAUGGAAAAUAGUCAAUGAUAGGGAUCUCCUGUCAACAUCAGCUGCAAUGGUUGUUUUGACCCGGACACCCUCAGUGGAGGUGGGAUUCUUGAAGGAGCCAAACCUGCACUGUCAGUUUGCAGUGGAUCAUAAACUGCCUAAUGCAACGGUGGAGUGGAGACUGCAGCGGCACGGGGAGCGCAGCAAGCUCUUCAGCUAUUCCAGCCGCACAGGGAAGAUUGACGGCAGCGGAGUAGCUGUCAAGGCCAUCGCCGCUGGAAACGCCUCCUUUAAACUUCCACCCACCAGAAAACACAGCGAGGGCACAUAUAUCUGCUCUGUGAUGGUUCCUCCUCUCUAUGGCAGCCAUGAUAUUCCCCUUACCCUAAGUGAACAACCCCGUGUGUCUAUAAAUGUGGGCUCCACAUUGUCUAUGACACUUGGCAAGGACCAGAAGCUAAUAUGUGAUGCAGAGGGGUACUAUCCAUUGGACGUAAACAUUGAGUGGUACCGUGAAGUGUCUGGAGGCAGCCCUACGCCUUCAUUCUUGAAGAAUGUUCUGUACUCCAGUCAUCGACUUCAUCAAGAUGGCACAUACUCGCUCUCAGCCUUCUUCUAUCUGCAGCCUGGCCUAGAGGACUCUGGAUAUAAGUACACCUGCAGAGUAUCCCAUAAGUCCUUGCUCACUCCCAUCCGCAAGAGCUUUUAUCUCAUAGUUACAGAACCUGACUCUACCAUGUGGUAUAUCACAGUCAUUGGAUUCAUAAUUGCCAUGCUAGUAAUUAUUUGUUAUAUGCUGCCUCAGUAUCUUGCAGGUAGAAAAGCAGCAAAAAAGAGGUUUUGAGAGCUCAUGCCUGAGGACUUGAAGUACAGCGUCAUGGAAACCGACAACACAUCCCUCCCUUCGUCUCUUUUUCUCCCCUCAUCCCUGCCGUUUCCUCCUGCUGCUACAUUCGCCAAGAUCAGGUGCUCUUCAUGAGAAAAUGGGGAGUGCGUUGUGAGGUGUAAUUCCAGAUCUCAUGGUUUAUGCCCUUGUUUACUAUGGCUGAUAAGGCACUGUGGUUCUUUAUGAACUGAGGAAGAAUUUGCUUGUGGCUUUCUGGGUUGUAUCUUUUUUGGCAUCUAUAAAUUUGAAUGUCAAUUUGGCAUGAAUGCAAAGUGCACUUUUGAUGUUGAUCAUUUUGAGUUGUAAGUUAAAAAUAUUACAAAAUAAGUGGGGAAAGGUAUAAAAAAUGUUUUUGCACUUCAGUUGCAAAAA